UCCUCAGACCGUACUCCUCAUCAGAUCCUUAUCUUCAGGAUGCUCCUCCGCUGCGGUGUGUGGUGUGUUGUGAUGUGUGUGUCGGGCCCCCUGCUGGUGUGGGGCCAGAAUGAGACAGAGCCGAUCGUGCUGGAGGGGAAGUGUCUGGUGGUGUGUGACUCUGCGCCCGCCACGGAGCCGUCCGGGAGCGCUCUGGGCAUGUCUGUGCGCUCGGGAGGAGGACGCGUCGCUUUCUCUGCCGUCAGGAACAAUAACCAUGAGCCCUCUGAGAUGAGCAACCGCACCAUGACCAUCUACUUUGACCAGGUUUUGGUGAAUGUCGGCAGUCAUUUCGAUCCGGCGCGGAGUGUUUUUCUGGCUCCUCGAAAAGGAGUUUACAGCUUCAGCUUCAAUGUGGUCAAAGUUUACAACAGACAAACGAUACAGGUGAGUCUGGUGUUGAACGGUUGGCCAGUGAUCUCUGCGUUCGCCGGUGAUCAGGACGUGACUCGAGAAGCAGCGACGAACGCUGGUCUGGUACUGAUGGAGCGCGGAGACAAAGCCAACCUGAAGCUAGAGCGAGGAAACCUGAUGGGCGGAUGGAAAUACUCCACCUUCUCCGGCUUCCUCGUCUUCCCCUUAUAGGAGACAGCAGAAACGCCCCUUUCACACAUGCAGACUCUUCUGGACAUUACACAUCAAAAAAUACUAUAGUAACUACUACUGUAAAUAAAAUCUAUAGUAAAUACUACAGGCCUUACUCUGCCAUGCUGUUUUAAAUAAUACAAUAUUUACAGUAUAAUACACUGUACUAAAGUAUGGUUAAAGAACGUACAACAAAUCAGUACCCUCAGUCACGUGUUUCAGACUCACAAAAUG